AUGAACUGUUCCAAACAAGCUUUGUAGGCAGGCAAGCAAAGCGCUGCAAGAGCAGCCAGUCGCCAAUCGGUCACCGUAUCAGGAGGUAGAACAUAAUGUGUCAUAAUUUUCUUUUCAUGAAUUUGAGUGUAGAAUUGUUCUCUUUUUGUGAAAACGUACUAUUAUCGUUAAAAAGCAGUAUUGUGCAUUUGGAAAGCUGUUACAUUGAAAAAUACAAUAUCGAAGAGGCUUUUUUGAGCCGCCCAAAUGUAAUUUGAAAUGAAGCGUCUGCGUGUGGACGAGACUGUGAAAGAAGGUAGUGAACCUCCAUUGUCAGGCAGUGGCAUCAGCCAAGGUGGAGCCCUCUAUCACCAAUCGCUACCGAACGUGGUAACAGGACCAUUGUCUUAUUCAAAUACUCCCGGAAGUACAGUGAAAGUAGUAAGUGAAGGCAUGCAAUCAGGAUUGUAUCCACCGACUCCACCUGUCAGCUAUGGUCAUCCGUUGCCUGCUGCUACCACUCCCCAUUCUCUAAAACCACCAGCAAUGUCCAUCCCAGUUGGUGGACAUUCACAACUACGAACAGCAGGAGGUUCCCCCUCAGGUGCUGGAAUGCAGGAGUCUGCACAGCAGCAAUCGCCCAGUACUACUAAUUUUCAAAGGUUAAAAGUUGAAGAUGCCUUAUCCUAUUUGGAUUUAGUAAAAUUCAAGUUUGGUGCUAAGCCUCAAGUUUACAAUGACUUUUUAGACAUUAUGAAAGAAUUUAAAAGUCAAACUAUUGAUACACCUGGAGUUAUUACAAGAGUAUCAAAUUUAUUUAAAGGAUUUCCCGAAUUGAUUGUUGGUUUUAAUACAUUUCUUCCGCCAGGGUAUAAAAUUGAAGUGCAGCGUAAUGAUCAAGGAUAUGCUUUUCAAGUAUCAGUUAGUAUGCCUAGUCCAACGGGUAGCAUAAAUUCAGGAUCUCAGGAGCAUCGUUCUGCAAUGAUUCUUAAAGGUUCUGGAACUAUUAAUGUGUCUGGCCAGCAAGCACCAUCUACACAACCACUAACUAUUACUCAGCAUAUGACUCCAGUUACUCCUCAAGCUCCUCAACAACCACAACAACCACCUAUUGUUCAUCACACCCCACCAUAUGGAGGUAAUGCUGCUCCACCUCUGUCUUAUGGGUCAUUAACACUAUCAGCAGCUCAAGCUGCAGUAACUCAUGCUCUUCAAGGACGUACAGAUACUCCACAAAACCAACCAGUGGAAUUCAAUCACGCUAUCACCUAUGUUAAUAAAAUAAAAAGUCGUUUCCAAGGUCAACCCGAAAAAUAUAAGAAGUUUUUGGAAAUACUACAUACGUAUCAAAAAGAACAACGCACAUUAAAGGAAUCAUCAAGCAUAGGUAGCAGUCUAAAACAUCUCACAGAACAGGAAGUGUAUAGUCAGGUAGCUAAACUUUUUGAAAAUCAAAGCGAUCUCUUAACAGAAUUUGGACAAUUUCUUCCUGAUGCCACCAGUCACAUAAGUCAGGCACCAGUUUCUGAACACAACUCUGUGAAAAAGCUUCCAGCCAAGCCAUAUCACAGAGAUCAUAUGCCAGAACGACACGGAGUUCAUCAUAAACCAAGCCAUAUCUCAGGAAGCACUGUUAAGAGAUCUCCUCCAUAUUCCACUUAUCAACACCGUGAUGCACCACCCCCAAAGAAGCACAAAAUUUCCCAAACAUGUCGAGAUGUGAGUUUAAGUGAGGCUGGAAAAUAUGGAACUCUAAACGAUUACGCAUUUUUUGAUAAGGUCCGAAAAGCUGUCCGUUCUCAAGAAGUUUACAAUAACUUUUUACGUUGCCUCACACUCUUUAAUCAAGAAAUUGUUUCGAAGUCCGAACUUAUUCAAAUAGUUACACCCUUUCUUGGCAAAUUUCCCGAACUUCUUCGUUGGUUCCGUGAAUUUAUGGGCCAAAAUGAAGCAGAACCAGUACUAUUUAAUGUAGCUAGAAAUGAGCGUCCUCAAGGCGAUCAUGCCUUGGAAAUUGAUUUGGCAACUGCAAAGAGGCUUGGAGCUAGUUAUUGCAUCAUUCCAAAAGCACAAGAAGGAUUGAAAUGUUCCGGUAGGACGCAACUCUGCAGGGAAGUACUAAAUGAUCAGUGGGUAUCAUUUCCCACAUGGUCUGAAGAUAGUACUUUUGUUAGUUCACGCAAAACUCAGUAUGAGGAAUAUAUGUAUCGUUGUGAAGAUGAACGGUUUGAAUUGGAUGUUGUUAUUGAAGUAAAUGCUUCCACCAUCAGGGUUUUGGAAGGCAUCAACAAAAAGAUGGGCAGGAUGAACACUGACGAUCUUAACAAGUUCAAAUUAGAUGAUUGUUUGGGUGGUAACUCUCCCACACUGCAUCAAAGAGCAAUCAGAAGAAUAUAUGGGGAUAAAGCACAGGACAUAAUUGAUGGUUUAAAGCGAAAUCCUGCCGUAGCUGUGCCUGUGGUGCUGCGAAGACUUAAAGCUAAAGAAGAAGAAUGGCGGGAAGCACAAAAAGGCUUUAAUAAAGUUUGGAGGGAACAAAAUGAAAAAUACUAUUUAAAGAGUCUUGACCACCAAGGCAUUAACUUUAAACAGACUGACGUUAAGGCGUUGCGGUCAAAAAGUCUUUUUAAUGAGAUCGAAACCAUUUUUGACGAGAGACAUGAACCAGAUGAUAAUACAAAUACAGAACCAAUUGUAGGUCCACAUUUAGUUUUGCAUUAUAAGGAUCGUACAAUACUAGAUGAUGCAACAAAUUUGCUUAUUCAUCACGUUAAACGACAAACAGGAAUUCAAAAAGGAGAAAAAAGGAGAAUUAAACGUUUAUUAAGUCAGUUUAUACCUGAUUUAUUCUUCCAUCCCAGACUUCAACUUAGCGACGACGAAAGAGAAGAAGAAGAUGAUAAAGACGGCUGUGAUGAUAGUCCCAGUAGUUCUCCCAAGUCCGAAAAAGAUGUAAAAAAAGACGGUUGCAGUCCUGGUAAAUCGCCCGCUAGGAGAGACGCUAGUCCAGAUUUACUGGAAGUUGACAGUAAAGAAGAAGAUCAGAAAGUACCUUUGCAUGCACAGCACUGUGACCCGGAUGAAGCAUACACAUUAUUUAUGGCCAACAACAACUUAUACAUUUUUCUCCGAUUACACGCUAUUCUUUGUGAGCGUUUGGCAAAAAUUUAUGAACGAGCUGUUAUCAUGGCGACUGAAGAAACAAAAUCCCGUUCAAAUCGUAAAGAAAGCACAGCAAUAGCUCUAAGACUUAAACCUAAACCUCAAAUUGAAAUUGAAGAAUACUAUCCAGCUUUCCUUGAUAUGGUAAAGAAUCUCCUUGAUGGCAACAUGGAAGCUAAUGCCUACGAAGAUACGUUACGAGAAAUGUUCGGAAUUCACGCGUAUGUUGCCUUCACGUUAGAUAAAGUUAUAUCCAACGCAGUGCGACAGUUACAACAUUGUGUUACUGAAAGGACAGCUCUCGCGUGCCAAGAAUUGUUUUUGAAGGAGUCUAAAAAGGGUGGAACAGGUGGACCAUGUGCCAUGGCAUAUAAGCGGGUGUACCAGGAAAUGGCUUACCAGCGAACAGCUGAAAAGGCAGUCCAAGAGGAAAAUUGUUUUAAAAUUUUUAUCUAUAAGGAAGACUGUCGAAUGACUAUUGAACUCCUAGAUACUGAUUCAGAUGACAUUAAGAAAGUUGAAGAUGGAAAAAAAUGGAGCGAUUACAAGGAACAUUAUGCCAAUAUUGUAGAUGAAGCAAAGCCUAGAUCACCUGUCUACUUACAUCGAAAUCUCAGGCUGUACCAGAAAAAAGUGGGGAAUACGUCCAAUAAGAACAGACGGCAAAUUAAAAACCACCAAUCAAAUAGAGAUGACGAAUCACUUGGAGAGAAUAAAAAGACAGAUGGAAAAAAUUUCAAUAUUCUAGAUGCCAUCGAAAGAAAGCUUAAUGAAAGGACAGUACCUGUAAGAGAUCAUACACAUCAUCCUGGUUAUGAGGUUAAUGAUGAAACAGAAUGUAAAUUUAAUGUUCAAGACUCGAAAAUUAUGUUCACUAUACAAAAAGAUAGCUAUCUAUACAACAUAAGUGCCUUCCACCGAGCAAGAAAGUCUCAUCCCCAGGUAACGAAAAAAAAAGCGGGUCGUUUCCGCUCGUGGCUGAAAGAAUGGACCAGUGAGCAUGUUAGUGACAUUCAAGUGAAGCAGUGUACAGAUUGGCUGAUGGGUAGAUGUGACGGCGUGGUACCCAACAGAACGCGUAUACUAACUGAUAACGAUCUAACUAGGACUCCAUAUGUAUCUUACAACAGGUAUCUUGUUGAACACUUGAACUCAGUCGAUCCUUCAAGCGUUUGAAAAUGAAAAAUAUUUAAAAACGGGCGAUUUCCUAGAAUUUAAUAUAGUUUUUCAUAAUACUUGUCAACGAAUCAAUAAUUGAAGUACAUGUCGAUGUCUACUAGAUUAAAAAUUGUUUAUAUUUGUAAAUUUUAUAAUGUAUUUUUAAUAUUCAGGUUUUCUGCGACUUUUGUGUGAGAUUUUAGAUGUUCAUCUAUUUCCACUAUUCAAAUAAGGACUGGACCCUCCAAGAGUUAAAAUUUCACAUCUAUUCCGUCUAUAUAUUUUAGUCAACAAUACUUCAUAUUUUAACAAUUUCCUAUAAUUUUAUCCUGUAUUGUAAUCUUCGUCUUAAUUGUUCUGCGUAAAGUAUUCCAAAUUUUAAUUUUUAUGUGAUCAACGCUAUUCGCUCCGUGCGUGACUGACGCGACACCUAUUGCCUUCAACUAACAAUUUUGGAGUCCCAAUUUUCAGGUUAAAUAUAUGACAUAUGUUUGACAUUGUUAAAUACAUGCGACAUUGACAAUUAUUAAUAAUAUAGUUUUUAACUAUAUUUGUUCAGUUUAUGUACAAAAUAAAUGUAGUAUUAAAAACUGGGUUUCUCAAAAUUCAUUAUAAUAUAUCUUUUCAACUCCAAACGGAAAAGAAAGGAAAAAAUCUAGUACUGCCAAAUCAAGUUUUUCACGCAAAAGAGCAUAUAAUUAAAAACAGUAAUAGUAAAAGUUAUGAUAUAAAAGCUAAAUUCAUCUGCAGUUAGCUUGAAGCCUUAUGAAAUAUCGUUCAAGGUAAAUUAUUUAAAUUUUUCCUAUUUCAAUUGCAUAAAAAUGAAAUUAUGUCAUAUUUACUUUUUCAUAUUAAUAGCACGAAUUCAUCUUUUUCUUUUCUCUAAUUUAUAUGUAAUCUUUGGGAACCUAUAAAAACUACACUUACUGUUUCUGCUAUUAUUAGCACAAUUAAAUACGCAACAUGUAUUUCCACACAUUUUUGAUAAAAUUUAUGCGUAAAAAUAUUUUGUCCAAUAUUCCAAUUUUGUCAUAUUUCGCCGCUACGCACGCUGGCAUCGUUUCAAUGCACCCCUACCAUGGUCACGCACGGAGCGAAUAAAACUAAUGGUUGAUACUGUCAAUCGGAAGUCCACUAUUUUCUUUCUUUAUAAAAUUGCCAAUGGGGUUUUAUCCAAAUAUCUUUGUUUCUUUCAUCUAGUAGACACAUUGUUUAAUAAAAAGGACAGCGCACGUUUAAAAUGUUUUGUUAUGAGAUAUUUUGAGAGAGGGCCAAAAUAAAUUAAAAUAUGUGGUGUCCUACAUAUUUAUUACUUUUGUUUUUUUUUAAUUCUAGGAACUGGCUCAGAUUGCAAUAUUGUGUUAUUUUUUAUAUUUGUUGUUUGUUACAAGACCUUAAUCCGGUUCCUUAUAAAGGCAUAAUUUGUAUGGUGUUGUGGCGGGGCUUUCAAUUCGUAAGUUUUUAUAUUUUUGUCUCGUCACUUACAGGAUUUUUUUAUGUAGGUGUUCAAAGCAAAAUAGUAUCUGAAUAUAAUUAAUCAAAUACAAGGUACUUAAACCAUUUAAUUCAUUAGACAAUAAAUAUUCUUUCUAUUUUUUUAUCAUAAUAAAUAUUUUCCCAAAACCCAUUUUAGUUCAACGCUCAUUUAUGUGAAUUGGCAAUGGAAAAUGCUUCACUAAAUGUUCAAUAUGAUUUUUAUAUCAAAAUCUUGGUCUUCCAUUAAGUACUAAAUUGAUAAUACUUUAACUGUUAUGUGAACAUUCAUAUAACUGUAUGACCGCUUUGAUCACUUAACACUUUUAUAAAAAAUCGUGGAGCACCAUUGUUUAUUUCUUUUUUCGAAAUUUCUAAACCAAGUUCGAAAGUAUUUUAUUUAUUUAUUUUUUUAUAAGGAGAAGCCCUCGCAGUGAUACUAUUUUUAUGUGUAUGUAACCUAUUAUUUAAGUCCCAAACUCAUUGUACUUGUUUGUUCAGAUUUUUUAAUUUUAAUUUAAUGCUGAGAUUUUUUUGAUCUUAGCAUGCAUGUAUGCAUCGGUCGAUCAGAUAUUAAAUUAAUAAAUGUACAUUAGUUGUU